AUGCUGGAGUCUCCAUCCUUUUGCACCGUGCUGAGCGGGGUCAAGUCGCAUCAGCUUGUGCAAAGUCGCGUCGAUGGCGCGUCCCCGCUGGCGUUCGAACUCACAGAUUGGAUGACGACAAAACUGGCGUGGUGGGAGAUGCACGCGAAGCAGGUGUCCCUCUCCCUGGACCGCACCCAAGCGGCGCUGCUGGACGCCAUGAAGCUGGCGGAGGCCAUGCGGGAGGUCAUCGUUGGAGGGGAGGCCGUGGCCAACAAGGUGGAUCUGGCAUGCGAGGAGGUGCACCGGCACUUCAGCAUCCCUGUGGUGACCAAGGUGGCGUUGCAGCUGCUUGAGCCUGGUGCGCUGUCAGAGCUAUGGUUCAGCUGCUGGAGCGGCCUGGGGAAACGGCGGCAGCUGGUGAAGCUGCCAGUGGAGCCGGGCAAGGUCCCAAUUUUCGUGAUGUUGCAGCUCGACUGGCUCUCGGACGACGGACAGUCCCUGCGGUACAAGGAGCAGCUACGAAGCCAGCUGACAGCAGCCAAGACGGCUGGCCUCAAGGGGGUCAUGGCAGAUGUGUGGUGGGGCCUUUGCUCCCUGGCUUUUCAAACUGGGGGCUGGGCACACCUGGCGGGCAACCUCGCCAUCAGGCACAUGCUAGCCGACACCUCGGUGAGCUCCAAAACUAGGACGUCUGCCACCGUCUCGGGCAGCCGCUGGGACAGGGUGGGCAAGAUGGACCAGCUAGUCAAGACGCUGCGCAAAGAGCGGCGGCACGCCAAGGCGAAGCUGUCGACCUUCCUGAUUGACCACGGCUUCAAAACCAAUGUGAAUUCCCCGAGGAAGCGCUGGUGUGGGAUGAGCUACACUUACCCACUCCACGUAGCAGUGGAGCAGAACGACGUGGAGAUUGUGUCACUGCUGCUGGAUUGCGGGGCUGACCCGGAAGCCAGAGACAGCUGGGGCCGCACGCCCCGCCAGCGCGCCGAAAGCGCCGGCGCCGCGGUGCGGCGCAGCUUCGCCGCCCACAAAGCCCGCCGCAAGGUCCUGUUUGGGCUCUGA